AUGGGCACCAGGAAAGAAUUGAGCCUCAGCGAACGCAAAGUCGUGGUAAACGUUUACGACAUUGUCGACCUGGCAAGCACAAACGACCGGCUCUACCGGCUUGGACUCGGGGUAUACCACACUGGUGUCGUUCUGGGAAGAAGGGAAUAUGCGUACGGUUUUAAGUGGGGCCCCGGGACGGGAGUUUUCUAUACGACACCUCGCUGUGCGCCAAACGCGCGCUACCGUCAGAGCCUAGAGUUCGGGCCGAUUAUCGUAACAGCAACGGAGGCGAGAGAGCGCUUCCGAAGAGUUUGUGAAGAGUUUACUGGUUCGAGCUAUCAUCUAUUGGACAAGAACUGCAACACAUUCACCGCUCGAGUUGUUUAUGAUCUCACGGGCCAGAAACUACCGUCCUGGAUCAACCGAACCGCCCGUUGGGCAUCGGUUUUCCGGUGCUUGCUUCCUCCAGAGCUAGCGCAACCGCAGUCCGUGCCGAGUGCAGAGAUGCUGCCCUCAAGUCAUGCACUGGAAUAUCGAUCCAUGUUAUCUGGUCCUCCGGGGACGGAGGAAUGCUCCGAUGGGGACGCGCACAGCGGAAGCACGCUGUCGCGGGCGAGCACGCCCCCGAAGGAGGACUCGCAACCCUUGCCUCCUCGAGUUGAGCUGAACGAGAUCCUCCAAUAA